UAAAAAACCGUUUAUAAACUUCUCUUCCUUGUUUCUUCUACACAUUCUCUUACUGGUUUUUCCCCUUUCCCAAGAAAACUUCUCUCUCUUUCUCUCUCGAACGUUGCGAUGGCGGCGCAGGUCGAGAUCGAAGACCAAGCUUCCGUCACCGAACUCGAUAAUGGCGAAAUUUUCGAUCCACUCCCCGACGACGCCGAUUCCUCCUCCUCCGGAUCGACAACGAUUCUCCUCCGCGAAGGAAACCAAGAGCACGACGUCAUCAAAACGUGUUUCCUCUCGGGACUAGGCCCCACUCUCGUCAACGAAACGACGAUCUCGAGCGUUCGUAAGAAAUCAACGGAAGGGAUCACGACGCGAGCCAAGUUUCUAGCGUUCCGGAUCUUCACGGAGGCCAUGGCGAGGAAGAACGGCGGAGAUCCGAACGUGAAGUACGGUUGGUACGGUGGAUCCAGAGAAGAGAUCGAACGUGUCGUCUCUAACGGAUUUAGCAGCCGCGAGGUAAACGACGGCGUUCGCGAACAUGGAAUCGGAAUCCAUCUCGUUCCUUCUAAGUACUCUCUCUUAGCAGUUGCAGGUACAGAGCCUGACGAGGAAGGUUUAAGGCAUCUUUUAUUGUGCCGUGUGCUACUCGGGAAGACUGAGCAGAUCGUCUCCGGUUCUAAACAGUCGUGUCCAAGCUCGAGUGAAUUCGAUUCCGGCGUGGAUGAUUUACAGAGUCCGAGAAAGUAUGUUGUGUGGAGCUCUGCUAUGAACUCGUGUAUCUUGCCGAGUUACAUCGUUAGUUUUAGGUCUCCUCGUCUCAGAGUUAUAAGUAGAGGUGGUUCUCCGGUAAUAAGACCAAGCUCGCCGUGGGUUAGUUUUGCUGCGCUUAUGUCAAUGCUGUCCAAGUCUAUGGAUGCUUCGAGAAUGAGUUUGAUUAUGAGAACUUACGAUGAUUUUAGGAAACGAAAGAUCCAGAGAGAUCAAUUGGUUCGGAAGAUGAGGCAAGUAGCUGGAGACAACCUUUUGGCUCAGAUAAUCAAGAGCCACAGAGACAAGUACAAGAACAGGGUUUAAGGAAGGAUAGAUAAAAGGAGAAUGGAAUAGCUCAUCAAUUGUGGAAACUAUAUCUAAGAGUUGUUAAGCUCUUAGUUUUUCUUCUUUUCUGAUUAGAUGGUACAAAGAAGAGGAUCCCUUAUGAUAUAUGAACUUUCGAAAAUUUGUAAAGAACAUUCUUUCACAUAGCUAAUGAAAUUUUCAUCAUUUCUAGAACAAUCAACAAAGUUUAAAUCAUAAUAUCG